CGGUUUUGUACUGUUGCCGCCAUGGGCUUUAAAAUUCAGCUCAUGGCAGUUUUACUGCUUGCAGCCGUUAGUGGAAGUCGAGGUACCUACAUAACUUAUCCCAGGUUUAUAAAUUGAUAGCCGUGAAACUAACUUGCUGGUUAUUAUUAUUAUUUUUUUUCUAUGUAGCUUCACCUGCACUCAAAGAAAGUAAGUAAAGUAGAAUCUAACCAUGAGAAUUUUCGAAUUCUUCAUGUGCCGUACGGCCCCGUCCAGACGUAUCCAAAAACCGCAUUCCAGGGUGUAGAUUUUUGAAAACGCGGUUUAGCUGUACUGAGGAUAGUUGAUAUUCAAACGGAGGUUUUGGAAAACGAUUGCGUCACGGGCACAGAUACCAGAAAAUGUGCAUACUCCCGUCAAAGAUCUCACUGACAGAUACCGUUUUCAGUCACUAUUGCGUUUUUGUGUGGACUGGCAAAAACGACUCAAAAACGCAACGUGUGGACGCGGAGUUUUCAAACAAAAAACGGAUACGUGUUGACAGGGCCUUAGGGUGCAGUAUACGUAACUUCGCACCCCUGUAGAGCGUUUUUACUCAAGUGUCCAGCAUCUAUUUAUUGGAACAAAAGAAAGCGUUAAGAACAUAAGAUAGAAGGCGUUAAACUCUGACGUGAUUGGUUACAAAUAUGGCCGCCGCGACAGUCAAAUGAAAACGAUAAAAGAUACCGUAAAAUGCCGAAAUAAGCACCUCCAUGUAUAAGCUCCUCCAAAUAUAAGCCCCUCACACGCGUAACGCAGAAAAUGCUCUGUUAAAUCGCCCCUGCGAAUAUAAGCCUCCGGGGGCUUGUACUUGGAAAGUGCCCUCAUAUACAAAACAAAACAAGGCCACAGCGGUACAUUAACAUUAAUUCUGUAUUUGCCAAAGAACUAUUACGUGUGCCAAAUAAUUGCAGUCAGAAAGUGUCACAGCUUAUUUCUGUUAGCAUAGUUCCUCUUCACUCCUUGCUUGGAUUUCCUCGGUCCUUAUAGACAAAGUACUUGCAUGGCUACGUUUUAGAAGGGUCUACGUCCUCAAGGCGAGUUUCAGCAAAAACCUUCUGCAAAUUGCUGAGACUUAAAUUUCCUUUCAACUCUUAAGCUAGCAUAAUCGAUUUUGAAACGCAAACUUCCCUCCUUAUAUAAGCCCCUCCAAAAAUAAGCCCCUCAAAAAGUGCAUUUGAAAAAUAUUAGCCCCAGGGCUUAUUUUCGGAAUUUUGCGGUACUGAAUAAGAUAGUUAUUUGUAACCUGGCCAGCAAGUAAAAAAGAUCCAUGCAUGCCAUUCCUAUAGAAUGGUAAAAAUAAUACGAGCAGUUUUUCUUAUCUUUAGGAUUAAACUCGAUUCUUUUUCAUUAACAGAAAUAUUCUCCUUUGUAUCGUUUUAAGUUUCUUAUUAGUUCCAAGUUUAAAUCUUUUCUAAAAGUAAGGGAGGUGUAAGGGGUGAGAGGAAGUCCACGUCUGGAAACUCAGAUGAUUUAUGUCGGCUUUCACCACCUUUUUUUUCCCUUAGGAUUACUACAAGUUUUGAAGUUGUCAAAAGUUGGUAAGAGUCAAUGUUGAUAACUUAACAAGUUUCUGUCCUUUUCAAUUCCAUAAUAUGAUGCCUUUCUAACUUUCACACAAGAUUGCAUUGACACUGGCUACUACAAAUAUAUAUUCCAUUUCGCAUUGUCUUUGUUUUAUAGAUAUAGUAUAGAUCACAGAUAGCUUAAAAAUUUGCCCGGGGGUGGGGGUACUACGGUUAAUGUUUGCUGGGUAUGCGCCGCUGGCCUCUUAGAGCCCCUACCCCAUUAUAGUCUAUUUUUGGCCAAUUAUAGACCACAUUUUGGAAAAUGUAAUUUUUGCGAUCCCAACUUAGUUCCUUUCUAUUUAUGCAUCUACCUUAUCAAUGUGGUUUCAAGCGUCACAAUGUAAUGCGGUCAAUGCGAGCUUAUUGUUAAUUUUACUAAAAAAAAAACAACAUCUUUCCAAUUCUUUUAACCAAGAAUAUUCCCAUUUUGAAUCCCUACAUACCCCAAAAAAUUUGUUCUACUUUCAGUUCUAAUUUCCGAAAAUUUGCGACCACAUUCUAAUAACUCUAUUGAAAAUGCGACCCCAUUAUAGUUACUCCAGCCGUGAAAAUGCCACCCCAUCCAGCGGCACAUCCCUAUUAGCCCCUGGUAAGGGAGUACCCCCCUUGCGACCAACGAGCCGCAAGCAGGUUGGUGACUGAUUUUCCAUCGUCAUAUUUUUUUUACAAUGAAGAGAAAAACAGCUGCAAACUUGCCUCCUGUAAAGUGCUGAAAUGUUCGCGGGUUUGUGUAAAGUUCAGGGUAUCAGUCGUUUCAGCUAAAGGACACUUUCUAUUGGCUCCUUUACGCCUGGGGGGGGGGGGGGGUGUCAUUUUUGUCUUUUGGUCAAGAAGGGGGAUGAUGCAAAAAAAAUAUGUAUGAUGUGGGCGGAUAUGAAAAAAAAUGCCCCUUUUAAAAUAUCCUCUGCCCUCCC